CAGCUAGUCUUCUGUCUUGAGCAUAGAGCAAGAUAUAGUGUAUAUGUUCUGAGUUUUUUUUUACAUUUACUCACUUAGACACUCUCCAAAACACAACUUAAAACCUAACUUGCCGAUGAAAGAGACAGGGGUGCCAGUAACAGUGAAGUGAUUACUAGUAUUAAUUAAUUUCAGGAGGGAGGGUGGUGAGAGGAUGACAAUAAUGGUUCCAACACAGGCGACGGCGGGCAACGCUGAUCAGCCACCGGACGAUGGCUACACGUGGCGCAAGUACGGCCAGAAGGAUAUACUGGGCUCCAGAUAUCCAAGGAGCUACUACAGGUGCACUCACAAGAACUACUACGGGUGCGAGGCGAAGAAGAAGAUGCAGCGCCUAGACGACGACCCGUUCACGUACGAGGUGACCUACUGCGGCAACCACACCUGCCUCACCUCCACGACGCCGCUGCUCACCCUCCCAGCAGCUGGCCCCGCCACUGCGGCCUCAACUGCCGCCAACAUGCUAAGCAACUCCCCGACUGGCGGUUCAGCAGCAGUCCUCGCUGCUGCCAGCCAGGACCUCUUCAUGGCGGCGGCCGCUGAGCAUUCUGCACCGGCGCUGUCCACGGCCAUCCAGCUCGGCAUCAGCUGGAUGCCAUCAGCCCUCGUGGGCUCCAGUGCCGGCGAGGGAAGCAGCGCUCAGGUGAACGUGCCGGCCGCCUCAGGAAGGGACACGGCCGAAUACCCGGUGAUGGACCUCGCCGACGCCAUGUUCAACUCUACCAGCAGCGGAGGGAGCAGCAUGGACGCCAUCUUCCCUGCUCAUCACGAUCGACGUGAUAGCUAGAUCCAUAUUGGAUGCAUCGGAGGAUCGAUUCCUGUGGGGAUUCAUCAUUCAUCCGUGAUUCGAGUUUUGACUUUAGCCACUCAAAAUCACUAGAUAGAUUAGUUCGCGGCUAAACCGUGCUAAUAAAGGUGCUCACAGUUUUUAGGUAUAUAAAAGCAACAGUAUUAUUUGUGUU